AUGCUGCGCGUUUCAAUUAAAAAGCCUCAAACUACUUCUAUUCCAAAAUAUUUUACUGCAUUAUCUAAAAGUUCUCGAACGCCAGUACUAUCGCGAUAUUAUUCAUCUCAUAAAGAACUUAAAUUUGGUAUUGAAGGGCGAGCUUCUUUAGUACAAGGUGUUGAACUUCUUUCAAGGGCGGUCGCAGUUACACUUGGCCCUAAAGGGCGUAACGUGUUGAUUGAACAACCUUAUGGUAGUCCUAAAAUAACAAAGGACGGUGUCACAGUUGCAAAAAGUAUAACACUUAAAGAUAAGUUCGAAAAUCUUGGUGCCAGAUUGGUUCAAGAUGUUGCAAAUAAAACAAAUGAAGUUGCUGGUGACGGUACGACUACAGCUACGGUUCUUGCUCGUGCUAUUUUUGUUGAAGGUGUGAAAAAUGUUGCUGCAGGUUGUAAUCCGAUGGAUCUUCGUCGCGGUGUUCAAUUGGCCGUGGAUGCAAUUGUUAAAUUUUUAAGGGAUAACAGUCGAGUGAUUACCACGAGUGAAGAAAUCGCCCAGGUUGCAACAAUAUCCGCAAACGGUGAUACACAUGUUGGUAAACUUAUUGCUGAUGCCAUGGAAAAAGUUGGAAAAGAAGGUGUGAUCACUGUAAAAGAAGGAAAAACAAUUGAAGAUGAAUUAGAAGUAACCGAAGGAAUGCGAUUUGAUCGCGGAUAUAUUUCUCCAUAUUUUAUAACUGAUACUAAAACUCAAAAAGUUGAACUUGAAAAACCCCUUAUCCUUCUCUCCGAAAAGAAAAUUUCUAUAUUACAAGAUAUUCUUCCAAGUUUAGAAGCUGCUGCUCAACAACGUAGACCACUUCUUAUUAUUUCUGAGGAUAUUGAUGGUGAAGCUUUAGCUGCUUGUAUAUUGAAUAAACUUCGUGGAAAUCUUCAGGUAGUUGCUGUUAAAGCUCCUGGAUUUGGUGAUAAUCGUAAAUCUAUCCUUGGUGAUCUAGCAACUUUGACUGGCGGUACCGUUUUUUCUGAUGAUUUGGAUAUAAAAUUGGAACGUGCUUCACCAGAACAUUUUGGUUCUACAGGUUCUGUUACUAUUACAAAAGAGGAUACCAUUCUUCUUAAUGGUGAAGGACCUAAAGAAUAUAUUAAUCAGCGCUGUGACCAGAUUCGUGCUGCCAUUAAUGAUCCGACUGUUUCUGAUUAUGAAAAAGAAAAAUUACAAGAGAGACUUGCAAAAUUAUCUGGAGGUGUUGCUGUUAUUCGUGUGGGUGGUUCUUCAGAAGUUGAAGUUAAUGAAAAAAAAGAUCGCUUUGUUGAUGCUUUGAAUGCCACACGUGCAGCCGUUGAGGAAGGAAUUGUACCUGGUGGUGGUGUAGCCCUCUUGAAAUCCACCAGAUGUUUAGAUUCCUUAAAACCCGUAAAUUUUGAUCAACAAUUAGGCGUAAAUAUUAUAAAAACUGCUCUUCAAAAGCCUGCGAAAACCAUCGUUGACAAUGCCGGUGAGGAAGGUUCAGUAGUUGUAGGUAAACUAUUAGAUGAACAAGAAAAUAAUUUCAAUUAUGGUUAUGAUUCUGCCGCUAGUCAAUACGGUGAUAUGAUUACACGUGGUAUUGUGGAUCCAUUAAAAGUCGUAAGAACUGCACUUGUUGAUGCUUCUGGAGUUGCAAGUUUACUAACAACAACAGAAUGCAUGAUUACUGAUGCACCAGAUGAAAACAAAGGUGCUGGUGUUGGUGCUGGUGCUGGUAUGGGAGGAAUGGGAGGAAUGGGAGGAAUGAUGUGA